AUGGAAGCAAGAGACAAACCAAAAACUCUAGAGCUAACAGUUUUAUCCGCCCAAGACAUCCACGUGAACGGAGAGCCAGUAACAACAAACGUGUUCGUCGUAGUUCGCGCCGAAUCAGCCACCAGCCACACAACACCGUUGAGCACCGCCGUUAACGGCGUCCAUUCAUGGAACGAGAAGUUCAGAGUGGAGUUAUCGACCUACGCAAGGUCCGUCUCGUUUGAGGUGAAAUACCAAACGGCAUCCGGUGUGAGAGAUAUUGGUGUGGCGAGAAUAGCGGUUUCGGAUUUUCUCGGAGGUUCGGUUCCUGAAACUAGUUUGCAGGUUUUGAGCUAUGGGUUGAGGGAUUGGAAUGGACUACGUUGUGGAGUUGUUAAUUUCUCUGUCAGGGUUGUUUUGGAAGAAGAAACUGAAAGUGGUGAGCAUGUUGUUGCAGAUGGUGUUGUUACUGGGAUUCCGUGCUGGUGGAACAGGGGCAGUGACGGUGGCAGUGUUUGA